UUCUGGUUUAUAAACGUCGGUAGCAACAAUUUAUAUGACUGAUAUAUUGAAUAGCAAUGGUCAUGGAAAACAACGAUACACCACUUUCGUCUCCACAGAUGUGCAUCCCAGGAAGUUGUUUUCAACUGGUCUUUGUUGUUUAGGGAAAUUAAUCUGGAUUUGAACGGACCCGUUGUUCAUGGCGUUAUGUGAGCGUUAUUAUCAAGUUAACGGACGUUUUAACUGUGAAAGUAGUUGUGGCUUUAGUUGGCUUUCAAGCCAGCUAGUUAGCUACCAACAUAAAUCAAUUCCCGACUGUGUUUUAGUAAAUCGCAAAGGCUGAAAAGGUUUCAACAACCAAAGCUACGUUGUAGGACAUACAUCAUGUCAGAAUGGUUAAUUUUGUGUUUAAUUUUCGUCUUGUUGAGUUUUGUGACAAUUGUAGUGUACGUUCUGUACUCGGGACUGUUGUCAGAAAUACACAUCCGGACUGGUUCUCCUCCAAUCAAGAACAUCACAAUCGCCUACAAGUUCAAACAGGGACCAUAUAAAGAUUGUGGACAACUUUUUACUGAGAGUUGCAGCAUUGGACCCAAUCUGUCUAGAAUUGGAGUGUUCUACGAUGAUCCUAAAAAGGUGAUAGGAGAGAAGUGUCGCUGUGCGGUGGGCAGUAUCCUGAGUGAGGGCGAUACUAGGCCUAGUGAGGAGCUCCAACAGCUCUAUGAGAAGUUUGGUUUCCGGGUCUUCAGCUUCCCAGAGGUCACUCACGUGGUCAGCGCCUCCUUUCCCCACAGGACGCCCCUGUCAAUCUUCUUCGGAGUGCAGAGAGUCUACCCCCAGCUGGACAGCUACAUCAAGGAGAGGAAGUUGUGUGCCCACCCAUUCCUGGAGAUCUACAGAGAUGAUCUGAUCCACUACAUGAGUCCUCUGGCUCGUCAGGGUGAUUUCUACGUACCAGAGGUCCGCCAGGACCCGGACAGGAGGCUGCUGGGAGAUGAUGACUCUGAGGAGGACAGGGGGACCAACAUCACAGGUGCGGACUCCAACAGUGAGUGCAGUUCAGGGAGUGGUGUUCUCCUGUCAGACAGCAGAGAGACCUCCCUAGCACCAUCCAGCGUCUCCUCCCUGCUCCGACACGACAGAGGAGGAACAGGAGGAGGUGAAGACCGCAGCGACAGGAGCACCAGCUCCUCCUCCUUUGAGGAGUUGGACAUGGAACUCCCUGAUGGACAGGAGGAGGAGGCGGGGACAGAGCAAGCCAGCGACGCCCCCUGCAACAAGCACCUAAAGACGACCACAGAGGAGAGGGGGGUUAAAGCCGGGGGGGAGGAGUGAGGGGAUGAAGUGGGGGAGAAGAAGAAGAGGAGGUUGGGGGAGGAGGAGAGAAUUCUAAUGUGCAGUUUUCUAUGGCUCUUUCUCAAUGAGUUUUUCCUUGAUUCCCCCCAUUGUGGACCUUCUCCUCCAAUAUGGUUGAGGUGAGGAAAUAGGAUGCAGGGAAUCACAGAAAGACUUAUUGAGAUAGCGCCAUAGUGUGUUCCUAUAAGUAUAGUUUUUUUUAUUCCCAAACCUAUUUUGAGGUGAUGACUCAGUCUGAUGAGUGUGUUGUGUUGAGCUGUUGGUCAGGCAGAGUACCAAAGGGAAAAUGGUCUCCUUCUUUCUGUCCUGCUGUUGGUUGCUGACAGAAAUAGCCUACUUGAAAUAAACAAUUAUCAGAAAUACGUCAGGUAACCUGAGUUUCUUGAAGUUUUUAAGUAUUUCGUUGAUAUAAAUAGCAAAAUGAUGCAUGGUGAAUAAGUGUGUUUGGAUGCGUUUUAGAUUUUUUAAAACUUGAUUGUUAUGUUUUUACUAUUAAAAUGAUGAUUAUCAUCCCUUGUGACUUA